AGCCCAUUCAGCCCAUUCCAUUCCUAAUAAUGGGAUUGUUUCAUCUUCCAAGUAGUUUUUGCAACAGUAUGUUGUCCAGCAAUAUAUAAUCUUUGACUAGCAUCAAUAUCUUCGUAACUCGCGCGCUGCUUUACCACCUUUCAGUCUUCCACCUUAUUCACUCUCUCUCUCUCUCUUAGCAACGAACAGCGCCUCUCUCACCUUAUUCUAGCUCCUCUCUCUCUCUCAGGAAUCCUGCCUGUCUCCAACGAAGCAGCUUCUCUCCGUCACUCUCGGGGACUCGGUCAAGCUUCCUGAAGUUCUACAUAUAUACAGAUUUCCAGGGCUUCAUAUGUAUGCUUUAUUCACCUACCAAGUUAAACGAAGCCGUACGUGCAUCUUCCUGUACGUUAUAGGCUUCAUCAUAUUCAGUAUCCAGAAUAAUUAAGAUAUUGCAAGGAUGGGGAAAAGAAGAAAAAACACUACAGAAUCAAGUACAACGCCGACAGUUGAAAAUCAAAGAUGUUGGUCCAGUCUUCCCGUAGAUCCUUUAACAAUGAUAAUCAGAUGCUUAUGCUUUCUUGACCAUUUCUCUUUCCGUGCGGUCUGUAAGCAGUGGCGUUUAGCUUCAAAGAAUUGCCCGGUGCAAUACCCACUUUGGCUCAUGAUCUCGAGGAACUCCACGGCUACUAAAUGGGAGUUUGGGGACCCCUCCACCAGGCGCAUAUACACAGUUGAUGUCCCAGAGUUAUGCAGGAGCAGCACAAGGUUGCUGCUCUCAAAGCAUGGCUGGCUCCUUGUGUUUUCUUCGGAACCUUCCCCAUCUCUAUUCUUCUUCAAUCCAUUCUCUCGAGCACGGAUAGAUCUCCCUUGGUCAACUGACUUCUCUGGAAUGACACACAUGUUGAAGUUCAGAUAUCGCCGGACUAUGAUCAAUGACUACAUGCCAGUUUUUGCUCUAUCAGCACCCCCAACAUCCCCCCAUUGCAUUGUCUAUGCCGCCACCUAUAUUUAUGAGGAAAACCUUGAAAUCAGCUUCUGUCGCCGCGGUGACAGUACUUGGACUACAAGGAGAGUUGACAAAACUCCAGGAAUCAAAUUUGCACCUAUUAAGAAUGCAAUGGUCCAUGCUGGGAUAUUCUAUUGGGUGGAGAAGGAGGGGCGGGUCAGGGCAUACCGAGAGACUGACAAAGGCGACAAAUAUAGAUGUUUUAGAAGAGCCAAGCUAGCUCUUCGCGAUGACAAGGUUUACUCAUACAUGGUAGACUCCGGAGAUGGGAAAGUGUCGAUGUGUGUUGAUUUUCCUUUGAUGGGGCCGAGGCAAGCCAUUACUCUCUUAGAGGAUAUCGACGACCCAAUUGAGAUUGAAAAUUUGGAAAGUUAUGACGACAAAUAUCGUGUAAACCGCAAACGUGAUGGGUAUGCAACACUGGGGCCGUCUUGGCUGCGGCUGGAUAGUUUCCCUGUUGGUUCUUGGUGUCUCUCAUCAUCUGACUCUGAGGAUGAUCAUGGUCCAAAAUUUUGCAAUUGGCAUUUGCUGAAAAUGAAAAGAUGCCGAAGUUCUUGUGGUCUCUCAGGGGAUUCUGUUUGGAUUGAACCCAAAUGGAUUGAGCCAUCACUAGCCAUUGCAUGGUGUACUUAAUUAAUAUAUAUGUUAAUUUAUGUGUGCAUGUCACAGUUUGAAAUUAAUGUAGCUUUGGUGGAGUAUCAAACAUGAGCAAGUGUCAGUCAAAGGUGAACACCAAGACAACAUAUGUUUUUUUUUCCCUAA